AUGCUGGCUGGGCGAGCCCUCGCCUUCCUCUCCCUGACCUGGAGCGCUUACCAGAGCCUGGCCGUCCCCAGGGUCGCGGAAUGUGGCCUCUCCUGUUCCCAGGGCUUCACCUGCAAGAGCCGCAUAAACCGAAAUAUUUUCAACAGCUUCUGCCGGGAGCCCCCCACGUCCAUGUCCGGGUCCGUCCUGGAGGCCCUGACCCUCUCCACCGCCAUGAAGUGUGGCCCCCCCGACGGCUGCUCCCUGCUCCUGCGCAUCAAUGCCUCUCUCACACUGCACGAGGGCCUGCGGGGCCUGGAGGCCUGCUCCAUGAGCCUGGACACCCAGGAGACACAGUGCCAGAGUGUGCGGGUCCCCAGGGCCUCCCGCCGGCUGCAGGUGGGGCAGCAGCUCCAGGUGCACUUUGACUGCUUUGAGGUGCGCGUGGCCCAGAGCCUCUACGUCACCCUGAGGACUGUCCCCCACUUCUGCGGGGUCCAGCUGGGCCAGCGGUACCGUGUGGAAGACUGCGCAGACGAGGACGUGGCGAGGAACGUGCCCGACUGCUUUGCUGGGAAGCUCUCCUACUGGGUGGACCGCAGCCGCAAGGUCGUUCUGGUACAGGUGCCAGAGUCAGGGGGCCCCGACUACUACGUGCGGCUCUGCCUCAAGUGGUUCACCUGCGAGGACGCGGGCGCCCCAGUGCGAGUGACAGCGAACAGGGUCUCCCAGAGGGUCUCUCUGCCCUACAAGCAAGAGUUGUCAUGCCUGUGCCUUGAGGGCUGGUCUGCGACGCCUGACGCCGUGCGGAUCCAGACCUGCCCCUUCGAAGAUGACACGGAGACACUGUGGGACGCCAUCCACUACCACCCGGGGAGCCAGGCGCUGAGUUGGGAGCCUGCCUGUCCCAUGAGUGGCCGUGUGAGUCUGUGCUGGCGCCCAGGGCCAGGGCCCCAGUGCCUGGAGCUGGAGCACUCCGGCCGGCCCGCACACAGCAGGGUGCAGUACCCUCUUGUGGACACCCAGCCCCAGCUCUGCCUGAAGUUCUCCACGAGCCUGGGCUUCCCGGUGAGGUGCCCUUUUGAGCAGCCUCGCUUCCCAGCCUGGAAGAUGACCGUCCAGCUGGCACCCGCUCCGGGCCACCUCCGGGUGGCCUUCUUCUCGCCCAGCCCUGCCCGCUUCCAGGUGUGCCUGUGUCACCGAGGGAAGACGUGGCCCCCCGCGUGCCGCCGAGUGCUCCAGGCCACCCCCAUCCCUGCGGUGAGCUGGGGCGACCCCACAGAGGACCCUGCAGUGGCCUUUGUGGACAUUCCCGGGGACCAGGCCUGUGCACCCGGCACCUGCAUCCAGGGCAGGAGGACCGACGUCCAGUUCUCCGCCCCCCAGCAGCUGUGCGACCUCCAGUGCGGUGAGCGCCGGGGCCAGGCCUCAGCCAGAGGGGGCAGGGAGGACAGGCCCUCGGGGGCUGCAAGAGGCCCAGGGCUGGACCCCAGACUGGCCCCUGGCAGCCCCGUCUCCCAUGUCGGAGAACUCGAUGUCCCCAGCCCACCCUUUGCCCAGCCAGCCACCGAGGUCCAGAAUCCUGGGCCCUCAGACCUGGCAGGAGACAGAGCUAAGCCUAACCCUGCAGAGCCUGGAUGGGCAGCUGGGCAGGUCUUGAACGGCCUCCGAACUCAGCUGAGUCACAGCAAUUCCAGGGCAGCCCCAGUCCUGCCCGCCUUCCCCCGGGAAAUGCCCCGGGGCCUGCGGAGGCUCCUCACACCUCUGCCACCCAGGGGACAGCAGCCUGAGGCCAGGUGUCUCACCAAGAAGAAGCAAGUGCCAGGGCCUGAUUGCUGGGAUGUGACCGUGGCACACAUGUGCCUCAGCUCUCUAGAGACCUGCGGCUCCCGGGGGCCCUUGGGCCAUGCCGGGGCUUCCAGUCAAAGGACCUUCAGCCCCUCUGAACCCCCUGAGUGGGGGCCAAGAGAACGGCUGGGUGGGAUGCGCCCUUCCCCGGAUGGCCCAGCCCCUGACCUGCCCCGUCGCAGCGUGGUCCCGGCUCCCUCUGGACAACUGGGGGCCACGGCCUGCAUCCCUGGUCCUGAGGAUGAGGUUCUCUGGAGUGCAGAGUGUGCCCGCACCCCUUCUGUAGUUGGCCAGGCCCCCAGCGAGGCCAGUCCAGCCAGGGGUCACCCAGCAGUUGGCCGGCUGGGUCUGCCCUCCCAGGACCUUCCUGCCGGCUCACAAGGACCACCGGGCCACGCCUCCCGAGCUGUGUCUGGAGUCACCUCCACGAGACCACGGUGCAUCCAGGCCCCGCCCUGGAUGUCAGCUGUGCUGCAUCUGCAAAUGCGCCCCUACCCCCAGGCCCUGGAUGGGCUGUCCCUCCUUCAGCCAGACACAGGCCACCGGGCCUUCUCCUCAUCCCUCCCUCAACGGGGCCUGCUGCCCCCAGCCGACUAG